CCCCUCCUUCGCCUCAUCAACUUCAGCGGCUCGGCCUUAGCGCAGACAGCGGCCACACGCGCGGCGCGCCGCCAGUGCGCUCGAUGGCGCUACGCCUCCUCGCGCAAGUUGGGUUAGUGCCUGAUGCGCAGAGGGGUGCCGCUGCCGACGGCCGCUCUGCCUCUGGCCGCACCCACGAGGACGUCUCAAGGCGCAGACAGCAGACAGACGAUGCCUAUGCUUCACCGGGCAGCACCAGCGCCGCAGCGUGCAGCUUGCAGAGCGCAGAAAGCGUGGCAGCAGGCAGAAGCACACCCGCACCCCCGCCCCUCGUCUGCGCUCUGCGCUCCCCGUGGCGCCUCCGCCGCGCCACGGCACGCCGCUGAGGCCGCUGCCCUGACGCCGCGGCGGCUGCUCUCAUGCGCAGCUGCACGCCCC